AUGAUAUUCCCACCACAACAGUCUCCCUUUUCCUUCCUCUCAUCUCCAUUCUUCAGAGCACAUGUUCAAAAUAAUAUUCAUCAAUUGAAUCAAUACUUGAUAAUAUACGAGCUCAAAGGCUCUUUGAUUUUUCCUCUCUUGCUCGAGCAGGCAUGGAAAUACCAAUACUACUCUUCCGAAUAUGACAAACUCAUUGAUGAACUCAAAUAUAACAUUCCUAACGAAAGAAAUUCCAAAACACGAUCAGCCUUCCAUGCAGCCUUGUUUCCGAAUGUCCAUUCAAAAAACGAAACUCUUGUCAAGGAGUUUGUACUCUAUUUGAAUGGCUCAUCCCGAUUACCCGAGUGGAAUGGAGAAACCUGUUCUCUUGAAAACCCUUGUGAUUCACUGUACAAAGUUGCAGUAUAUAUCGACACGACGUUGCGAAAUGAUACAGCGUUCUUUGACAGUGGACCCAAUCAACGAAGGCUUGUGAACAUUAGGCUCUUGAUUGUUGAAAGCUUUUCGCCCUAUCAAAGUUCAAUAAUACCUUUCACAUACCAAAACCUGUACUAUUCCAUUGAAUUUUCAUCCUUGAAUCAUUCCAUUGCUCAAUUAUCCCCUGCUGCAUCUGAUUUUAUUUCCAUUCGACACGACUUGCUGGGGAUGUAUUUCAACAAUUUGGCAAUUACCUCUGAUUUUUCAGAAACAGGUACAUCUGCAUUCUUUUUUUAUAAUUGUUUGAUUCAAUCUAAAGAAUUCGUGAUUGGAAAAAAAGGGGGACUCAUUUCUGUCAAUGAUCCUUAUCAAGUGAUGUUUGAUACCGUUAUUCUGUACAAAUCCACCAACAUGGCCAUUGGACAGCACAAAAAUAUUGAAUUUUAUAAUUUUAGGACUGUUGGAAACGAACAAGACAAAUUUAAUAUUGUCAUUGACCAAGGAAAAUCACGACUACGGUUGGAGAGAAUUUUCACAUUCAACACGUUCUUUUCUCUCGCUGAUAUUGAUCGAAUGGACGUUGUAAAUGGUAGCUCAGUAUCUACUUCUUUCUCGAUCAGUAAGGGAGAUUUGGUAUUUUUCUCUGAAUUUUCAUUUAGAGGUUCAUUCAGCCCCGACAUUGAGAUUUUUUAUGCCGAAUUCUUUAAUACUGUGGCUAUGUUUAAUUGCUAUGCUUCGGAUGCUUCCUAUUUUUUACUCUUGAACGGAGUUGUUCAGGUAUAUUUACAAGAAUGUAAAGUGUAUAAUAUCAACGCAGCCAAUUAUCCAAAGAAAUCUUCUGCAGCUGUCAAUAUUGUAAAUGCUGCAACAUUUGGAAUGCUACGAUGUAUAUUCAAAGAUAAUGUGGGAAACAAUGGAGGAGAUAUUUAUUUGGACUCGGUACAUGGUGUAUCAAUUACUUCAUGUAAAAUGAAAAAUAGUACAUCUCUCUCUCAUGGUGGAUCAAUUUACUCCAAGACAUCAAAAACUAUGCGCUACAAGGUCACCUUUGCCAUGACUGAUAUUGAGUUUAAGGAAUGCAAAUCUUCACAAGCAGGAGGAGCGUUUUACGUAAAAUAUACAGAUACCUUGACGAUCAGUCAGUGUACAUUUUUGAAAAACCAAGCCAUGGUGAGCGGUGGUGGUAUGUACUUGUCAGAAGGAGUCGAUAUUGCCAUUGACAGACAUUCUUCGUUUGAGGGAAAUGUGGUCAUGUCCAUCGACAAGGAACGUUCACCUCAAUCAGGAGGAGGUGGAGCCAUGACCGUCAUGACUGCUCAAUCACUUGUUCUUGAAGGUGUGCUGAAGGAUAAUAAGGCGUUUCGAGGUGGUGGAGCUUUUCUUGGAAAUAUCACCAACAUCAAACAAAGCACCGAUCUAACACGAGCAGCUUUUAUAGACAAUGUGGCUCUCUUCUCUGGUGGUGCUUUAUUUUUCAACCAAUAUGUUGGAAGAUCGUUCCUUCAAGCAGUAUCAUUUGUUGGAAAUAAUGCCGAAAAAUAUGGUUCCGACUAUACUGGAAGUAUUUCACGUUUGGAGCUGACCAGCAAUCAUGACCGUUUGAAGAGUGUUACUCCAGGUAUUGCAUUUGAGAUCGAUAUACAUGCAUGGGAUGUAUUUGGAAAUAACAUUAGUUCAUUUGAUGAAAACAUUACAGUGUAUGCUAGUAAUCCAUUCCUUAAAGUCAUUCCUCAGAUAAUGAGUGAAAGUACAAGACUAUCAUUGACUGUCUAUCUAACGAAUAGCACGGCGAUGGUGGGUGGGUCUACUACGAACGAUGGUUCCGUGAUUUAUGUGAACACAUUUCAUGCAUCUGUCCACAUGCAAGUGAACCUGCUAUCAUGUCCACCAAACUGGAAACUCUCUCGCAUUACCUCGGACAAUCCUGACUCUUCGAUAUAUGGAUGUAUUGAAAAACCCCGUUUUCCUGAGCUAGCAAUUGCAGCUAUUGUCGUUUGCAGCAUCUUGUUCUUUUCAGUGGUUCCAUCUUUCAUUAUUCCUAUUGAAGAUAUCAAAAUCAAAAAAAAGAUUGGUGAAGGAGGUAACGCGUUAAUUUAUCUUGGAGAAUGGUCUCACCUAGAAGUAGCAAUUAAGACUUUAAAAAUCAAUGAUACGGAUAGUUUAGAUUUUGAAAGAGAAGUUGCAAUUCUUGCAAGACUUAGACAUGCCAAUGUUGUAACUUUUUAUGGAUGUUGUAUCACUGCUUCAAGCAAAUUUUUAGUGACCGAAUAUGUGAAAAGAGGAAGUCUUGAACGAGCCUUAUACAAAAGCAAGAGCGGCAAAGAGUUGUUGACAUUUUCAGAAAAAUUGAAAAUUUUAAUUGGUGUCUGUAAUGGAAUGUCGUAUUUGCAUUCACUAAAAAUUGUUCAUAGAGACCUUAAGCCUGGAAAUAUUCUAUUGAUGAAAAUCUGA